AUGUAUAUUCAAUGGAGGCUCACUUUUCUCCCCCUGGCCUCUGGGUUGUUGGAGGUGGUCAUGCAGGCAUCGGCGGCAGCAGCUCAGGAAGUGAAAGCAACAGCGUUCUGCACAGAAGGCUUUGUUCUCGACAGUUCUGGCGCGCUUUGCGUGAAAAAUCUUAAGCAGCCCUUCUCUUUGUCCUGUCCGGGCAACUGCGAAUUCGAUGUUAACGGGACAUGCUCUUGUUUGGAAGAAACCAGGAGCGAAUCAUCGUGUCCACCCGGAUUCUCACUGGACAGCUCUUUGAGGUUAUGCGCAACGACAGUUGAAACUGCUGCGGUCCCAGUUUGCCCAGCUGACCGAAAGCUCACUAACAAUAAAUGUAGUGGCGUGUCGGUCAUGUCCCCGCAGUUCCGGUGCCCUCAUCCCUCAGUUCUCAAGGGGGAUCUCUGCAUACAGGAAGAUGUGGUGGCUCCCCAGCAGCAUUGCCCCCCCGGUUUCAGUUUAGCUGCCCAAGGAAUUGAGUAUCGGCGUUCACUCGCUCGAAGCCAGACUGCCGAGGCAGUAGCUCGCCUCCGCACGCUAGGUAUCUUUGGGCGAGGAAGGAAGAACGAAGACGAUGAUGACCCAGCUGUCUCGUUCUUCGAAAAGCCCGAUGCUGAAAAGAGGAAGCCGUUCGCCAGCGCCUUGAGGGCAGCUCAGCACCAUGCAGGGCCGGCACCAAGUCAAGGGGCUCAAGAAAUCCUUUCUCCAUCACAGACAACUUCCGCGCUGCCCCAGCAGCCGGGCACGCUCGACGUGUCCGAGCCUGCGCCACUUUGCAUUAGCAGCGAUGAGACCCCUGCACGCCCGUCGUGCCCCCCAAGUCACCGCCUAGAGAACUCUGUCUGUGUCAGCGAGAUUGUAGAAGCAGUGGACAUGCAGUGUGACGACGGGUUCCACUACGACGCGAGGACUCUUGCAUGCGUCCAAGAAAAAUUGGUUCCGUCGAACAGCGAAUGCCCUGAUGGGUACCGCCUUGAGGGCAACCAGUGCGUAGCCAGCGAAGUUCAGGAACCGCAGCGCGUCUGUCGAGAGGGCUUCACUUACCAGGCAAACGAAGACGCGUGCGUGAAGAUUCUGAAGGAGCCGCCACGUUUGAAGUGCCCGGGAGCUGAUUACUUCUUUGACGGUCGUAACUGCGAGAAGAGACGUACCGUCGAGCCGACGAACAACUGCCCUGCGGGGCGGCUGAUGAAUGACGCCUGCCUAGUCAUCGAGAACAAAUCUGCAACGCAUACAUGCCCGCCUAACGCGACGCUGGACAAGAAUCUUAUGAAGUGCAUGAGCUCGUCGGUGGCUCCGGUGAAAUAUUCUUGCACCCAAGGGGAACUAACUGAGGAGAGGACAUGUCUGAACCGAAAGACGCACACAGCUCAAGCUGUUUGCCCAGACGGUUUCGAUCAGCGCGGCCACGUCUGUGUCAAGGAAAAGGCUUUUCAGCCUGUCGCAACGUGCCCAGCUGGUGCAGCGCUAGUUGGGGCAGACUGUCUUCUGCAGGAAGACUCAGACCCAAAGUUGACAUGCGGGCCUGGCUUUGAACUCCAGGGUGGAAAAUGCGUUAUGGGAAAGAAAGUGGCUCCUCUACAGACCUGCUCGGCGGGCUACACGCCAUACAAAGAUAAAUGCAUCAAACAGACGCGUCGGUCAGGACAAAUCACGUGCCCGGACUCUUUCACGUAUGAUGGCACACAGUGCGUUGUGAACGACCAGCAGAAGCCGAUCUAUGUGUGCCCCGAGGGCUACUUGCCAGAAGGCGAGGACGGCACCUGUGCCCCUCAGAUGGAGCGCCCCAUGGCGUUGCCGCCCGUCUCUGCCGCAGAUACACACGGUGCCCUCUUCGAGGAGAAGAAAAAGACAGGGCUCCAGAUCAUGUCGCUUGGGCGGCGCAAGCCGCAAUUCAUGAUGUCUGCGUAG